AUGAGACGCCUGGAACUGUCAACUACGCCAAAUAUGAUCCUUCCCCAGGCUUUUGUUCACUUGAAGUCGCUUCAGCAUUUCCAGAUAAAGAAAUUCAACACGAUUGCUGAUCCAGAUGCAGCCAGCUCAGGCGACAGCGCUAUUUGCGACUACAUUCAAACUCCAAAACUGGAUUGGGUGAAAUUUAUUAACUGGGUAGUACUCAGUUGCCGAAAAUUCGAUCACUACAGCUCCUGCGUAAGACAUGGCGUAGAAGGCAUCAGUUUGGAGGGCAGACACCUUUUGCUGGAUGACAUCACUGUAACGACGUACAGCCUGGUAGAGUGGCAUGUUGGAUGGAAUACGAUAACCAUUGACGUAGAAGACGGGAGUCAGCCGACUUUCCAAAUCGGUGGGAGCAAAAAAGCGGUGGUGGGCACCGCUGUGACUGCUGCCGCUGCUGCUACCGCCACCGCCGCGGUAGUGAUGAUGGUGGUGUUGUUGCUGUUGCUGGGACUGAUGUUGGCUCUUGCCACACUUUGA